GGCCGCUCCUCCUCCCCCUCGACGGCGGCCCACGGUCCGGCCGCUUCCUUCCCGCGCUCCCUCGCCGCCCGUCGGGUGCACUCAUGAGGGCGUCGGUGUCUGGACCGGCGGCCGCCGCGGUCCCCACCGCUGGCCGCGAACCCUCGACGCCGGGCGCAGCGGGCGGGGGCGCCGUCGCCGUGGCCUCAGUGCCCGGCUCGGUGCAGCUGGCGCUGAGCGUGCUGCACGCCCUGCUGUACGCCGCGCUCUUCGCCUUCGCCUACCUGCAGCUGUGGCGGCUGCUGCUGUACCGGGAGCGGCGGCUCAGCUACCAGAGCCUCUGCCUCUUCGUGUGUCUCGUGUGGGCAGCGCUCAGGACCACACUCUUCUCGGCCGCCUUCUCGCUCAGCGGCUCGCUGCCCCUGCUGCGGCCGCCCGCCCGCCUGCACUUCUUCCCGCACUGGCUGCUCUACUGCUUCCCCUCCUGCCUCCAGUUCUCCACGCUCUGUCUGCUCAACCUCUACCUGGCGGAGGUUAUAUGUAAAGUCAGAUGUGCCACUGAACUUGACAAACACAAAAUUCUACUGCAUCUGGGCUUCAUACUGGCAAGCCUUCUCUUUUUAGUGGUGAACUUGACUUGUGCAAUGCUGGUCCAUAGAGAUGUCCCAGAAAGUCAGUUGAAAUGGACUGUGUUUGUCCGUGCAGUAAUUAAUGAUAGCUUGUUUAUUCUUUGUGCCAUCUCUUUAGUUAGUUACAUAUGCAAAAUUACAAAAAUGUCAUCAGCAAAUGUCUACCUCGAAUCAAAGGGUAUGUCUCUGUGCCAGACUGUCAUCGUAGGCUCUGUAGUCAUUCUUCUCUACUCUUCCAGAGCUUGUUAUAAUCUAGUAGUGAUCACCAUAUCUCAGGAUACAUUAGCAAGUCCAUUUCAUUAUGGCUGGGAUAAUCUUUCAGAUAAGGCUCAAGGAGAAGAUGUAAGUGGAGAAGACUAUAUCGUAUUUGGAAUGGUCCUCUUUCUGUGGGAACAUGUACCAGCAUGGUCAGUGGUACUAUUUUUCCGGGCACAAAGAUUAAACCAGAACCUGGCACCUGCUGGCAUGAUAAAUAGCCACAGCUACAGUUCCAGAGCUUACUUUUUUGACAAUCCAAGACGAUAUGAUAGUGAUGAUGACUUACCAAGACUGGGAAGCUCAAGAGAAGGAAGCUUGUCUAAUUCGCAGAGCUUGAGCUGGUACGGCACCAUGACUGGGUGUGGUAGCAGCACUUACACAGUCGCUCCCCACCUGAACGGACCUGUGACAGACACUGCUCCUUUGCUCUUCACGUGUAGUAAUUUGGAUAUAAGCAAUCACCAUAGCUUAUAUGUAACUCCACAAAACUGAUAGCAUUACCACGUCAGGAUUCCUGAAUUGUUUUUCAUGAAUAUGUAUGUAUAUUCGUCUUAAUUUCAUCUGCAUCAACAUUCCAUUAUCUGUUGCAACUGACAACUAAAUCUGGAAACAUGGCUGUGUUUGGAGAGCACAGCUGUUUCUUUUGCAUAAUAAAAUAAAUACAAAGUGUGGAGAAGGAGAAAGCGAUCAGAUAUUAAGGCACUUGAUGUCCUCCAAGCUUCCAACUGUGGAACAUCAAAUGCGUAUUUGCCUAUUUGCACCCUUACCCUUGUUCUGAAAAAAAGUCUUCAGUCCCCAAAGUCAUACCCGAAUAUUCCCACUAGAAUAUUAUUGUACACCAAAUUGGAAGGCAGUUUUUCCUAAAAGAUCAAAGCCUAUAUAUUCUGCAUUGAACCCUUACCUGAUUAAAGUGUGAGCAGUGUGCAGUUAAGGCAUAAAAGUUUAUCAUUAUUUAUAAAAAUCUACAACUAUGUGAUCAUUGAAGAUAGUUUUUUUAAGCAUGCUUUGAAAAAUGUCAAUUAAAAUUAGUCAAUCAUUUUCAACAGGUGAUAGUGGUAAUCCUUCACAGAGCUGACCAGCAGUGUUCUUUUGAGAAAUCACAGGAAUUUCUUCUAGAGGAAAAUUACAUCAAUGAAAAUUGUGUGGCUACUUCUGAGUAGAAUUGGUCAAGUGACUUGUGUAACUGAGAUAUAUUGUAGUUUAAGCAUGAUUGUUCCAGAAAGCAAUAGUGAUUUUUGCAUAGGGAGAUUUUGGUAGAAACUUCUUGGGACUGAACAAGUUUACAGAUGCAUUUAGGGAUUUUUCACAAAAUGUGCUAAGUUAAAACAGUAUGUUUUCAGAAGCAUUCAAUUUAUCUGAAACAAGAUGGAACUAAUCUUUACUGAAUCAAGAUUGUCCUCAGGUAAAUUAAAUCACGAUGCAUUCACAGUGAGCUGAAGUGCAAUACUUUAUAAAAUAUGUCAUUCCUCCUUUAUUUUUCACAUUUUAUACUUUGUAUAUGGGCAAAGCCAAAUUAAGUUGAAUUCAGAUUAAUUCCAGCAUUGGAUUAAAUAAGCAAACUUAAUGUAAAUGUACAAACUAAAUAAGACAGAAGUUAACAAUAUUGAAAUACUUUAAGAAUUUCAUUGAAAAUUGUCUUGAAUGUCCUAACAUAGGUUAUGUGUCUUGCACACACACACACACACACACACACACACACACACACACACACACACACACGGUGGGCUAAGACAACACAGACUCUUAAAAUGCACUUUCUACCUGUUCGCUAUGGAUAGUAGAUGCUGAAUACCUCGAGAUUCCAAGGGAACGGACAAUGUUAGGAAGUUGUCACAACAUGCUUCAAGGUGGCUAUAUCCAAUUAUCUGCUGAUCUAUUUCUUCAGAACUGGAACUGUCCUUUUGUCUUCUACUUUAAUUAGGAAGUUGUUUUAUUUCUUCUUUUCCUUAAAAUAUUUUCAGCUUUUUAAUAACUAUUGUAGUAACUUCAUAAGAAUUUAACAGUAGGUAAAUCUUUAAAAACAUGGUAUUGUUAAUCUAUCUUUUAAAAGACUGGUACAAAGCCAAAUAUUUUUCUUCUUUUUGUGAUACAAAGGAUUUAAAAUUCAAUCAGAAACAUAAAUACACAGCAUUUGUUUAUAAGUUCUCUUAUUAUAACAAAUUAAGUUUUUCUAGUACAGACAUUAGCCUUGGUAGUAAGAUGACAACCUAACAAUAUAGUCUACAAUAGUAGUUUUUUUUUUCCCCAUUACUUGAUUUUUCAGAAUGCCAACUAUUUAUUUUGAACUGUAUUGUCUUUAUUAAUCUUUGGGUUAAAGGUGGUAACUAUUUUCUAGUUAAGCAUCCCUUAAAUAAAGUUCCUGUUUGACCAAGUAAACAGAUUUUUUUGAAUCUUCUAAUAAAGUAUCUUUUAACUCUACUGCUUGACUAUACUGAAUCUGAGAUUUGUAAGUUUAUUAUCCUUGUCACUUACUAAGGUACCUAAAUUCUUAACAUUUGUCUUCUUAUUUACAUCACCAAAGACAAAACUCUGACCCAAUUUUUGCUUACAACUUCCAAAGCACUAGGAGCACUUUAAGUUUAGUCUCGAAAGAAGGAGCCGUUUAUAAAAUCAAAGGGCUGCCAGUUCCCUGUUCACCCUGCACUGAAGCACAUGAUGACAAUUUCAACCCUUCCUCUUAUGUUAGUUAAGUAGAAAAGUGAAUUUCAUUGCUUACCUGUAAUUCUAAAGUGAUUAGCAACAUCUGUUACCAUUUAUUUCCUUUGGGUUGCCAUUCAUUUUGGAACUCUUACCACCACUUAUAACUGUAGCUGAUUGUAAUUUUAUGGAUGAUGUAAUUUAUAGCUAAAGUGGCUUUUUUUACGCAUAACUGCCUUUUUAUUGUUUAACAGUGUUCCUCAGCUAUACAGUCAGUUCAAACUGGUGACAAAUGUAUAGCUGUAGCCAAUGAAUGUAUUUAUCUGUUGUUUCACUAAAUUGUAAUAAAAUACUACUGUUAAAGGGUGUGCUUUUAUUAUUGGAGGUGUGGUUUUCUUCCUUUCCCUUAAUGGAUUCUACUGAAUUUCUAGCACAUUAGAUAAGCGCCCUAGUGUCAACAUAAGAAGAGGAAAAUCCCAUUACAAAUGGUAGUUGCUUAGUAAAUAAUGAAUUAUAUCUGGAUCAUAACACCUAUGAUAUGAACCGAUUUGAUACAAAAUAACAUUACUUUAGAAUGCCAGUGUUAUUAGGCAGGGAAUAUUCAAGCAUUCAGCUAAGAAAAAGCCUCGUGAUACAAGGGCUGGAGAGAGAGCUCAGAGUUCAGAACACUGACUGCUCUUGCAGAGGACCCAGGCUUGAUUCCCAGCAUCCACAUGGCAGCUACGAAUUGUCCUUAACUCCAGUUCCAGGGGAAUCUGAAGCCCUCUUCUGACCUUCGCGGCAUUGCACAACACAGGUGCACUCACAUAUAUGCAGCCAAUACACUCGUACACAUAAAAAUAAUAUUUAAAGAAAAAGCCUCAUGAAACAGUUUACAUCUCCUUCCUCCUGAGAAUCAUGAGUCUAUUUCAUCAAGAAACUCAUGAGAUGUUGCAUCUUCCCUUGGAAAUACUUUUUUUCCAAAAUUUUAUGACUGACCAAAAAACAAGGUUUUAACACAAUUUGAUCUUUAUCAAGCCCCUAAAGUCUAAUUCUUUGGGAGUCUACUGACCCAUGCUGUAAAGCAAAAGGAAUUAAAGGUAUUUGCAGUGAAGGUGUGACCUCUAGUAUAACAAAAUUGUCACUUUAGCCCAAUUUAUUCAACACACAUUUAUUAAAUGUUCAUAUGCCAAAAUGAAUAAAGUCCCUUUUCCUGCCCUUAAGGAGCUCACAUUCUAGUAUGGGAUACUUUAAAAAUGAAACAAUACAGUACAAUAAGUGAUACAAUAGAGGUAGGUUGCAAUUACAGUGGUGACACAGGAAGGAGUGGGGCAAGGGUGCGUUCACAGGGAUGCCCAUCCUAGGCCUGCAAGAAUGCAUGUAAUUUCCCAGGUGGGAAAGGCGGCUACAAAUUCAGCAUUUACCAAGUAUGGAUGUCUGACUCUACGGGACUUUUGAAAAACUUCCUCUUUCAUCAGAACACUGAGACACACAUAGGAGGGCCUUGGGCACCAAGCAAGCUUUCUUUUCCAAGAAAGCACUUGAAGUCACUGACAGGUGUUAAGUAGAAUGCUUCUAGAAAGCCUAGUCUAGUAACAAGGACCGAAAAAGGGAAGAUGGGGAAAUAAGUUUAUUUAGUCCUUUAGAUAAUAGCAAUAAAAACAAACUACAUCCAAAAAGUGGUGGUAAAAUCAGGAGGAUUUAGACAAAAAUCUGUGUAGGAAGAGAGGAAUGAACAGUCAAAACUUGGAAGGGUGAUGGUUCUGAAAUUAACCAAGUAAGGAACACAGGUAUCAGUAGGUUUUGUGACAGGGCUGGAGAGGCAGCUCAGCAGUUAAGAGCACUUGCUACUCUUGCAGCUACUCUUACUAUCCCAGGUUUGAUUGCUGGCACCCACAUGGUGGCUAAUAACCGUAACUCCAGUUCCAGAGGAUCCAGUGCCCUCUUCUGUCCUCUGGGGACACAAGACGUGCAUAUGGUACACUUAUACAUAUGCAGGCAAACACUCAUAAAAAUGAACAAAUGAUAAAGAGUUGCUUUUGUUGAGAAUAAUUGUGACUGUUGAGUACAGGAGGAAAAUGAAUUGAGAAGUUUGAGGUAAAGAUUAAGGAUUAGAAUCGCUGGAUGAGAAUUUACCCAAGUGAAGAGAGACAUGGUGGCCAAGAACAAAAGGAAGGUCUGAGGAAUGGCAUUUAGGAAUAAAUGAAGAGACCAAAAGAAAGGAGUCCAGGAGCAAGCAGAAUACAAGGGACCGAGAACACACAGCCUUGUUUUGUUUUGUGAGACACGGUCUAUGUAACCCUGGUUGGCCUGGAACUUGCUAUGUAGACCAAGUCAAAUAAGAAAUGGUUUGUGAAAUGACCUGUAGAUUUUUUAAAUAUUUUUAUUUGUAAUUAUUUGUAUAUAUGCACAUGAAUGCAGGUGCCCACAGAAGCCAGAGGCAUUGGACUGCCCAGGAGUUAAAAGUUAUAGGUGGUUGUGAGCUGCCUGAUGUGGUUGUUGGGAAUUGAACUUGCCUCCUCGGAAAAGCAGAAUGCUCUCUUAACCACUGAGCCAUCUCUGUAGCCCUGAACUGUAGAUUUAGAAUUAAAUUUUAGACUUCACUAGGAGGGACUGAGGAGAACACAGGCCAAAUACCAGCUCUUGGUUAAGAAGCAAGUGGGAGGUAGCAAGUGAAAGUAAAGAGUUUUCAAAAAGACUGGCUGCCGGAAAAAAGGAGAGCAGGCAUAAGGUGGAGUCAAGUACGUAUACAAAACUACCUACACACAUUCACCACACUUUCAGGGUAAAACAAACGUCCUUAAACUUUUUUAUAUGAUGAUCACUUUGUAUCCCCAAGAAGACUGACUGAAUUAGUGGGUUGAGAUCUUUCAUUUGCUG